AGAACUUUUUUGUUGUGUGAGGUUAUAAUAUCGGUUUGACCAAUUUAAUAAAAAUUUGGAAAAGAUAAUUUCCUCAACAUGAAUGAAGAGGAAGACCCCAAGGAAUAUCGUUGGGAGACUGGUUAUGAGAAGACUUGGGAGGCAAUCAAAGAGGAUGAUGAGGGCUUCUUGGAAGCAUCGGUUGCCGAUAUUAUUCUGAGAGCUAAGAGGAAACGGCAGGCUCAAAAACACGGAGGCACCAAGUUGGGUAUGAUGAGACAUCUAUUUUUGCUUUUAGAUUGUUCAGAAUCUAUGUCUAGUCAGGACCUUAAACCAACGCGCAUGUUGUGUACUUUGAAAAUUUUAGAAGGUUUUAUAGAAGAAUUUUUUGAUCAGAAUCCCAUAAGUCAGGUUGGCAUUAUACUAAUGCACAACAAAAGGGCUGAAAAAGUCAGCGAUUUGGCUGGUAAUUUUAGAAAACAUAUAAAAUAUUUACAAAGCAUGAGUAACACAUCAUUGAUUGGUGAGCCAUCUUUACAGAAUGGUUUAGAAUUAGCACUAUCAUCUUUAAAAUUAUUGCCUUCACAUGCAAGUAGAGAAAUAUUAGUAAUACUCGGCAGUUUAACCACUUGCGAUCCUGGUGAUAUUAGAGUUACAAUCGAGAGUUUAAAGCAAGAGGGUAUUCGAUGUUCAAUUAUUGGUCUGGCAGCUGAAGUUCAUAUUUGUCAACUUUUGGCGAGCCAAACCAAAGGAACUUACAAUGUGAUAUUAGAUGAUAGCCACUAUAAGGACAUUCUAUAUCAGCAAGUUGAUCCACCUCCUGCCGCCGCAAAUCUGGAGGCCAGUUUGAUUAAAAUGGGUUUUCCUCAUAGAAUGAAUGAUGAAGGCACUGAAGAACCACUUACUAUGUGCAUGUGUCACAUUGAUUGCAAUGAGGACUCAAGCAAAUUAACCACUGGAGGGUAUUAUUGUCCCCAAUGUCUCAGUAAAUACUGCGAAUUGCCAGUGGAAUGUCGAGCAUGUGGAUUGACAUUGGUCUCUGCUCCUCACUUGGCCAGAUCUUACCAUCAUUUGUUUCCAGCCGCUAAUUAUGAAGAAAUACCAUUUACAAAACAGGUUGAAAUAUGUUUUGCUUGUCAGAAGGAGUUUGACAGUAACGAGAAGCAAGUAUAUCGGUGCCCAAACUGUAGCAAGUUCUUUUGCAUAGAGUGUGACAUCUUUGUUCACGAAACUUUACACACCUGCCCCGGAUGUGCCACCGACUUGUCAACAUUUCAAAUUAGUCAUUCCAAUUAGGCCUUUGAUUUUAUUGAUACUAUAAAUAAAUUACAUUUUAUUUAGAAAUUAUAUAGCUACUAGAUCAAUUUAAUAUAGGGGGCAGAAGUGCCAGUAAAUAAAUUUCGUACGGUCUGUAACAUUUAUUAAAAAUAUACGCAGAUG